ACCACGACAAUGGGGGAGGAACCAGGAAGGUGGCAGUGUGUGCAAGGGCCGUUAGUGACAUGGUGCAGCAUGGUAACGGUGGAAUGGAACGGUGGAAUGGACAAGAGCUGGUGGUGACAAGACCACACCAGAGUGCUCGGUGCAUGCAACGAGACAGGACACGCCAGAGCAGUGCUGUGAGGAGCCCCCGCACAGCACACUCAUUUGUGUGUGACCCGGAGCUUCUCUGAGCCGUCAUUCCUGCAGGUGACCUCGAGGCCAGACUGCAGGACUUGGUGACCUGUGGCCUUGCUGAGGCUUAUCUUCUUAAGGUGCCCUCGAGGGCAGACAGUGGGACUCGGAGCUUUUCUGAGGCAUCGCCCAUCCCUGCAGUUACUGCCCUUGAGACCAGGGCACAAUCCUUGAGGAGGAGCCUCCUGUCCUUGUGGCAGGAGCCCUCAAGACCCGAGUGCAGAACUUGCUGUCCUGCAGUCUUGCCAGGACUUGAGUCUUGCAGGUGCCUUCCAGGCACGACUGCAGGACUCCCUGCCUCGGAGCUUUUCUAAAGGCAUCUCUCUUGCAAGUACCAUAAAUCCAGGCACUGCCAUGGAGCAGCGACCCCCAAGAGUUCCCAAGCUGGCCUGGGUGCAGGAGGAGGAAGAAGAAGAAGGCCCUGGAGCUGCCCCAGAGGUAGAGACUGAAGAGAUGCAGGAAUUCCAGCCGCUGGAGGAGGGAUGGGAGAGUGUUGGAGAAGAUCUGGAGCAGCAACCCCCGAGAGUGCCCAAGCUGGCCUGGGUGGAUGAGGAAGAGCAGGAGGAGGAGGAGGAGGAGGAGGAAGAAGGUCCUGGAGCUGCCCCAGAAGUGGAGACUGAAGAGGUGCAGGAGUUCCAGCCACUGGAGGAGGAUGCAGCCGUGGACCAGACACAAGAGCAGGACCUUGCCUGUGGCCUCUUCCACAAAACACCUGCACAGCGCAUUUGGCAGGAAGAGACCAGCGUCAUGGGCACUGGGUCCAUGGAAGAUGGUGACGUCUACACCAGCGACACCAGUGCUGCCAUGCUGGAAUUCAUUUUGGAGGAGGGUGUUUCCAUUCCAGAGCAAGUACCUGCCAUGGUGAGGUACAUCCACCAGUGCCUCAUGGCCAAUGAGUCUGCUGACUCCAGGCUGGGCAGGACCCUGCUGGAUCUGACCGAGGCACAGCCCGCUGACGUGGUCAUUGCUCUCCUGCGUGUGGCCCCAACGUGUGACAGAGCUGCAGUGACCAUGUGGAAGACCAUCAUGUGCUCGAGCAGGACUGUGGAGCCAGUGAUGCAGAUACUCCUCGAUGUGCUGAGAACCUGGCCAGAGCACAGCAAGUGCACCUCUGAUGGGGACAACACGGGUGUCUUUGCCCUGGCUGCAACAGUGGUGAUGUGGAAGUUCCUUCAGGUGCCCUGUGUCCCACGGGUAGUGAAUGUGUAUUUCCCCCGCCUCUUUGUGCAUCUGCUCUUCCAAGUGUUCUUCAGCACUUUGGAUAUAUCAGAGGAUCUCAAUGCCUUCUGGAAGGGAUGCCAGGAGCAACACGGCCUUGCCACCAGCCCCAGCAGGUUUGCAGUGCAGACCCUGAAGUCCCUGCUCUGCCAAAUGCGCUGUAAUGAAGUGGUGUUGUCAAUGGAACGCAAGUGUGGCUGGGACACGCUGCUCUGUGCCGACACCCACCACUAUGCCGUGGGUCUGCUGGCCAGGGAGAUAUCCUGUGUCUCCAAACGCUUGUGUUCCCGGAUUGCUCGCUACCUGCUCCAGGUUCGUAGCACACAGGAGGCACGCUGGGAUCUGCCUGCCCUGGCAUUCCUUGUGGAGAUCCUGGACUACCUGGACUUGAGUGAACGUGGUGCUAACAGGCUCCUGGAAAUCUUCUCAAGGCACCUGAGUAGCGAGUGCAGGGACAAGCGUCAUCUAGCACUCAGAGCCCUUUUCAAGCUCAGUGAUGAUUCCUCAAUGAAUGAAAAGAUGUGGAGCCUGACUGAAAGGCUUGUGGAGCUCCUGCGGGACGCAGAUGGAGAAAUAGUUAGGAUGACAAUCAUGGUACUCAGCUCUGUAGUCUUGGACAAGGAGAUGCUGAUACCCAGCCCCAUCGCCCUGCAGCUGGCUGAGGUGCUCCCACCACUCUUUGACCACAAUAAUAGCCAGGUGCAGCUGGUGUCCAUACUGCUCUUCCAAACGUUGGUGAUUGUUUUAGCUGAAAUGGAAAAAGAAGCUCUGGAGACACAAAUGUGCCAGAGCCUGCUGCCACUCUUCUUCCACUGCCAUGACGAGAACCAGCGUGUAGCAGAGGCCUCUCAGAGAGCACUGCUUAGCAUGGCCAAGUUCCUGAAGAGGAGAGAUCUUGGAAAUCCCGUGAAGAAGGAGAAACUGUGGAAGUUCGCUGAGGUCCUGGUAAGGACGGCCUGGAAGGCCCAGCCUUAGCCUGGAAAAGCCCCC